AAGGCACUGGUCCGCCUCAUCGCUCACGGAUACCCAUCAGGAGGCAGUAUAUCCUGUAAUGCAGUACACUGGAGCUGCGCUUUCCAUUAGCCACGUUUCUUUCUGGUUGUUAAAUCAAAGAUCCUCACUUUAACGAGGGUGACGGGUUCGAGUUGGUAAAACGGAGGUGAACCUGCUAUAAAGAAGUGGAUCUGGACGGGUUCGUACAGCCUCCCUCUCUAUAACUACUACAAAGGGAGUGAACGGAGAGAGUUCCGCUGCGUAACCGACACCGAGCAUCGCUCCGCACGUUCCUUCAGCCGUCAGAGACAGAAAGCAUGAGGAAAAACAGAAGGAACUGAGCGCCUUUGUGGGAAAAUGUGGGAUUUUUGGUCACGUUUUGAAAUGGCGUUAUAAGACGAAGCGCCGAGUGUGUUUCUGUGCGUUUUUGGACGCGCUGACAGCCCGUGUGUGUUACGCGCCGACUCGCCAAAGGAGCCCGAGUACAUCUGGAUCCUACGCACCUCGUCGACCAAUCAGGAUUCAUCUGUGGAGUGAAAUAAAAGAGGAGCGGAGAAAUGGGCUGCGCCAAAGUCUUUCUCGUGAUGUUCAUGAUCGGGUUUGAAAAGGGGAUUUGCGUCAACUGGAACCCCCUCCCACGCAAGACGGUUAAAUAUAAUGAUGCGCAUGACAGCAUGGCCAGGUUUCGCGCCGUCGGGGUCUGGAACUACACCAUGUUGACCCUGGCCGAACAUGAGACGGUCUUGUACGUUGGAGCCAGAGAGCACAUCUUCGCCCUGGACCCCAAUGACAUCAGCCGCCAACGCCGACCGCAGAUUGAGUGGUCCGCUCCUGCAGAAAAGAAACGAGAGUGUGCGGCGAAGGGGAAGAAUAACCAGACUGAGUGCUUCAACUACAUUCGCUUCCUGCAGAGCUACAACCGAACUCACCUGUACACAUGCGGGACGUACGCCUUCCAACCCAAAUGCACUCUCAUCAAUGCCGAUCACUUUACUCUGGAUAGUGCCGCCCUGGAGGAUGGAAAGGGAAAGUGCCCUUACGACCCUGCCAAAGGUCAUACAGGCCUUAUUGUAGACAAGGAGUUGUACUCCGCUACCCUCAAUAACUUCCUGGGCACAGAGCCCGUAAUCCUGAGGAACCUCGGACAACAGCAUUACAGCAUGAAAAGUGAAUAUCUGCCCGCUUGGCUCAACGAGCCAAACUUUGUAGGUUCAGCGUUGGUCCGGGAGAGCCGUAACAGUAAAGAUGGAGAUGACGAUAAGAUCUAUUUCUUCUUUAGCGAGAGAGCGGUGGAGCUUGACUGUGACAGCGAUCUGACCGUGGCACGGGUGGCACGCGUGUGUAAGGGCGACCUGGGGGGCACGCGGACCCUGCAGAAGAAGUGGACCACCUUCCAGAAAGCCCGGCUGAUUUGUUCUCUACCGGAGCGCCACAUCACCUUCAACAACCUGCGGGCCGUUUUCACCCUACCCGGGGCGGAUUGGAGGGGCACGAGUUUCUACGGCAUCUUCCACGCACAGUGGGGAGAUGUGGACGUGUCUGCUGUGUGUCAGUACCAGAUCGGAGAGGUGAAAACGGUGUUCGACGGGCCGUAUAAAGAAUACAGGGAAUCGUCUCAGCGUUGGGGCCGAUACACUGGCACCGUGCCCAGUCCGCGACCUGGAGCGUGCAUCACAAACUUUGAUCGAGAAAACGGCUACAACAGUUCUCUACAGCUGCCCGACGCUACGCUGAACUUUGCCAAAAAGCAUCCACUGAUGGAGUUCAGGGCGGAAGCUCGCCCCCUUCUGCUCACUAAAGGAAUUAACUUCACCCGGAUAGCUGUGGACAGAGUGAGCUCGCUGGAUCAAAGAUCAUACAACAUGCUCUUCAUAGGCACAGCGGAUGGAUGGCUCCAGCGUGUCGUGAUUUUGGGUUCAGAGGCCCAUGUGAUUGAAGAAAUCCAGCUGUUUGAAAGACAGCAACCGGUGGACAGCCUCACCAUCUCUCACAGCAAAAAGUAUUUGUACAUUGGCUCGCGCUCUGAGGUUCUUCAGCUGCCCUUGGCCAACUGCAGCCGGUAUCACUCUCAGCCAGACUGCCUGCUGUCCAGAGACCCGUACUGUGCCUGGGACAGAGAGGGACGCGCCUGCGUCCGCAUCGACCUCCACCGCGGCUCCACAUCCACGCUCUUCCAGGACCUCAUGCUGGAGAGUUUCAACCGAGGAAAACCCAAGCUUGAUAAGACUGCACCCAUUCCCAGCCCCGAUCAUUCUAGGGUAAGAAAUGUGACGGUGGUCGUCGGAUCGGACCUGGUACUGCCUUGCCAGCUGGUUUCUAAUCUGGCCCAGCCAUUCUGGGAAAUCAACGAGCGCGAGCUCGCCCUUGUGGAGGGUGAAGCCAUUGGACCUCGAUUCGACCGAGCCCUUCGCUCCCUGGUUAUCCCUCAAGCCGGUUCCCUUCAAUCAGGCCGCUACAUUUGCUACUCUGAGGAGCAGGGAGUGAAGUUUCAGACCGAAAGAUACCAGGUGACCGUGGUGGCCAGCGCUCCUGUCUUCAUGGAGGCCCGCGCUCCUGACGGCAGCAUGGGUUUAUUCUGGGUGCUGGUGAUUACGUUGGGAGCUGCUUGCUUGAUGUUGCUCGUUGUUUCCCUGUACCUUCGCAGAAGACUGAAGCUGGCACUGGGCAAAGGGGCGGAAAUGAAGCCGCUUGAGAGCACCUUAGUGUACCCCAUUACGUUACCGAAAGAGCCGAGCAGCCGCCCGCCGUUUGUGCCCAGCAAGAUGGCCAACGAUGAAGAUCGAUUUUGGGAAACGGGGGCUAAUUACUAUUACUCGGAUGGGUCCCUUAAAAUCGUGCCCGGGCACGCCAUGUGCUCCACCAGCACUUCGGCCUCUCCGAGCACCAUUCCAGGUCAACCCAUUCACUCGCCGAGCAGGUUAAGCCUCACCAACAUCCGAAACUCGGGCACCAAUGGGUACAUCCGGCUGAAUCUGAGCACGGCAGUGGAGGAAAGAGCAAACGGAGGAGCGGGAAUAGGCGUGGGGAGCGGACUUGGGCUGGGCGGCCGAGAUAACGACUACUCCAGUCCGUUUAAAGAGGAGCUCCGGAGAACCCUGCAGCAGAGGAGCGUCCUGCCCGACGCAAACCCAGAGGAGUCUUCUGUGUAAAAUCCACAGACGACCUCACCUACCUACCUCCUGCUUGGGGAACUCUCUCUCCAUCUUACUUUACUCGCGACCUACUCAUUCUCUGCCAACACUCGUUCUGCCUGAACUUUUGAGGUGGCAAACAUCUUCCACGCCGCAACGUGCUUCACGACAUUCCCUCUCGGAUCGUUCUGGUUCUCACACUUACUAAACGAGACUGAACACAUCUAGCAUAACUUUUGUAAAUGUCUGUAUUUGAAGGACCAGAUGACACGGCCUCGUGUUGAGCAUGGCUAACAGGCAAACACAGUUACGUUUCUGAGAGGAACCCGACCGGCCAAAUGCAGCUGUCAGUCAGAUCUGCGUUAAGCAGAGUUCUGGCUACAGAUCAAAACCAUUUGGCAAGCUGGAGGACAGCAAGCUUUUGACGCCCAAGUUGCUUGCCUCACUCAAGGCAGGUGUUUGGACAGGAUCCUUGUGCUUUUUUGUGACAAGGAGGACAAGUCUCUAGAUGACAAUCACGUUCUUCUCUUAGGAUGAAAACUGGAGUUAUUUCAAAGAGAAGAUAGAGAAACAUUUGAGUGAGCUGUAGAAGCGAAGAAACUGAACUCGAACAAUGGACGAAUGCUUUGCCUUUCUUUCCUUACAGCUCACCAACUUUUUUAAUCUUGUCUUUUUCUGAAAAAAAAAAGUGUUUUGGGAUUUCCAGCACUUAUACAUUGUUCGACUUCUUGCAACCGUUGGAUGGACUGCUUUUCUUCCUUACUGGUUUUAUCUGAAAUGUGAAAGGGGACUGGAAGUCCUUGACGGUAGCAUGAGGAAGUUGUGAAUGUCGUACUAAGACUGUACGACAGCAAGUGCAUUAUUGUAGAUAUUUGGCGCAAACUGCCAAAUAAAUUCAACUUCAGUGUUUGCCUACAUGAUAAUAGCCACACGGUGGAAUGAACUUUGCGUUCGGAACGGUUUACAAGACUUUGUUCAUGUGUUAAAGCUGAUUUACGGGAUUUUUUGAUGAGCUGAGCUUGUUAAUAAGUCCAGGAUAAGCGACUAAUGAGAAGCUACGGCUGAUCAAACACAAGUAAGACUAUACCAAAUAAACGCUUAGUUUCUUUAUUUUACUUGGAUUGGCGUUCGGUGUCUCUGUUCGAAUAACAUGUUAAACUACUUACUAACAGGCUGUAUCCCUCUUGUCUCUUUCAGCGUGGGCUUAGCAACUUUUAAAAUACAAACAGGGUGAAACGCAGAGGACAAUUCAUUCCAUUGACCUUGAUUGUGAAGACAAAUGAAGGAGAUAUGCAUAUUCAUGACCCUGCGGGUGGAGAGGCACUACGAUUGGUGCCCGAUGGUCCAUACUCUGUUGCAUGAUGUUUUGCAAAAUGUAAAGUUUAACAAGAGUCUUGUAUAUUUAAAAAGAUGACAUGUGUCAUACCUGUGCCUCUUCACCUUGGGUGACGCCAAAGCAGACUGCACACGUUUCUUCUAUCUCUGAUUUUGUUUUUUACUUCUCUUUCUUAUGUUAUGGAGUUCAUUGCACAGAACUUAAGUGUCGUCUGAAAUCUUUGUUUUAAAGGAAUGCUAUUUUAUGGCAUGAAAGCUUUACAAUCCUCUUAAGCAGUUUUCUAUGUCAUUUGCUCUGUUGUCUGUAAUCAAAGCUGUGCCACACAGUAUAAGAGGGAAGUUGAAAAGGUCUUUGUACGAUGAGAACUUGUACAUUGUUUAACAAGGACAGACUCCUUUCUGCCAGGACUUCUCAGGUUGGGCUUCUGACUCGAAAUCUUGAAAUCUUACAGCACUAACUGCUUUGUUAAAAAGUCGUUGAUUUAAGACCAAUGUAAUUUCACAGCGAACAGAAGUGUUACGUAUGUUUGUUUGCAUCAUGCAUGGCUUUUUUAUACUGUCCAGUAUUUUUUUACUGCUCGAUGAAAAAUACGGUCAUCUCAAAUCAUUUCUUCUUACGUGGCUUUAAACUUUCGACUUCUUUAUGGUUGCCGUUUUAAUUUGUGUAUUAUGAAUUUUCAGUUUUCUCGCAUUUUACGUUUUCUUCAAAUUUUUUGUUGCCGUUUUUUCUUUGGAUGGAUAUGUUACUUAACUUAUUUUGCUUGUACAAAAAGUUGAUAUUUAUUACCAUUGUACAUAUGCCCUUAUUUUUUAAUAUAUAUGUAUAUAUCUACAGAAAAUAAAAGUAGAGAUCAGUUCACAAUCUGCAA